GGGGCCGAGUACGGCAAGCGGGAAGGACCAACUGCCGUUAAGUUUGGUGUCUGGUUUCUAGGUUCGGGUUGGUUUCUCGGGAUCUCGGUGUGUGGCGUUUGGUGGAAGUGAAAUCGGCCAGACCAUGUCGGCUUUCGAGAAGCCUCAGAUCAUUGCCCAUAUCCAGAAGGGCCUCAACUACACGGUGUUUGACUGUAAAUGGGUGCCCUGCAGCGCCAAGUUUGUGACCAUGGGCAACUUCGCUCGGGGAACCGGCGUAAUUCAGCUGUACGAGAUCCAGCACGGGGAGCUGAAGCUGCUUCGGGAGAUUGAAAAGGCCAAACCCAUUAAAUGUGGAACAUUUGGUGCUGCAUCUUUACAGCAGAGAUAUUUAGCUACUGGAGAUUUUGGUGGAAACCUUCAUAUAUGGAAUUUGGAAGCUCCAGAGGUCCCAGUAUAUUCUGUCAAGGCCCAUAAAGAAAUUAUAAAUACUAUAGAUGGUAUCGGAGGACUAGGAAUCGGGGAAGGAGCGCCCGAAAUUGUGACUGGCAGCCGAGAUGGAACUGUGAAAGUGUGGGACCCAAGGCAAAAAGAUGAUCCUGUGGCCAAUAUGGAGCCAGUAAAAGGAGAAAACAAGAGGGACUGUUGGACUGUGGCAUUUGGCAAUGCUUAUAAUCAAGAAGAACGUGUUGUUUGUGCUGGCUAUGACAAUGGGGAUAUCAAACUGUUUGAUCUCAGAAAUAUGGCGCUGCGGUGGGAAACAAAUAUAAAAAAUGGGGUAUGUAGCUUGGAGUUUGACAGAAAAGACAUAAGUAUGAACAAGUUAGUAGCUACGUCUUUGGAAGGGAAGUUUCAUGUUUUUGACAUGAGAACGCAGCAUCCCACCAAAGGUUUUGCCUCUGUUUCAGAAAAGGCUCAUAAAUCCACCGUGUGGCAAGUCCGACACCUGCCGCAGAAUAGAGAGCUCUUCCUGACAACUGGGGGUGCUGGCAGCCUUCACCUGUGGAAGUAUGAGUACCCCAUGCAGAGAUCAAAGAAGGACCCCGAGGGUGUAGAGAUGGGUGUGGCAGGCUCAGUGAGCCUGCUGCAGAAUGUCACCGUCUCCACCCAGCCCAUUUCAAGCUUAGACUGGAGUCCAGACAAAAGGGGCCUCUGCGUCUGCACUUCCUUCGACCAGACGGUGAGGGUGCUGAUUGUUACCAAGCUCAAGACAGUCUGACCUGAAGGCUUUGGACCUGGAAACUCCCAGAGGGUCACUUGCAGAAUUGAGGGUGUGUUUUGGGAACUGCUGACCCUCACUGAACGAAGUUGUUGGAUUUGGCUGAUGAAGGCUCCAGAUGUAAGUCCUGAGGCCAGCCUCUCUCGGGAUAUACUGGAUGACCUGACUGGACACGGCCCGCUAUGUAGGAGAGACCACGUCUCUAGGACCAGCUGUGUUCCUCUCCCUGCCAUUUUGAAUAUGGAAUUCAGAGCCGGAUGUGUAAGCCCCGUGCUUCAGGAGACUGAGGCUGGAGAUUCCACCAGUUUGAGAGGAACCUGGACACCUCAGUGAGGUCCUGAAGCUAAAUACAUACAUACAUACAUGCAUACAUACAUGCAUGCAUACAUACACAUAUACAUACAUAAAAUGAAAUAGCCAAAGUACAUAGUUCUUGAUAUUUAAACAUAUUUUAAGUUGUUCUCUGUCCCCAGAAUUCCCUAUUUUUUGUUUACACUGAUGUUGAAUUUUAGGGUUUUAAUGUUGCAGUUUAAGUCACUUCAUUUUGUUUAGUUUGUCUUAGAAAAACUAAAUUAAAAUUCAUUAAUGCAUUCUGUGAGAUUUCAGGAUAAGUUUCUAUUCAGAGUACUAUUUUAUAAAGUACAAAAAUGGCACUAUCAGACUGGAUUUAUGUAUGUUUAAAGCAGUGUAUCUCAUUAAAAAUACCAUGAUUAUAAAGAUCUCUUGUAUCUGAAAUACAGGAGUUGAGGCUGUAAAACUUGGUUGUUGACUUUGAUAAAUGAUGACAUGUAGAUGAUCGUGGGGAGUUUGUAGCCUUAAUUUUUUGUCAAACCUUUAAAAUCUAUCUUGUAAAUGAACUUCUGUUUUUUUAAAUUCUACGGAAGCUUUGAGUCUGUUGAUUUAAUAAAAUGAAUAAUAUCA